UCAAAGAAAGAUGGAAAGUUCUGAAUAUCUGACUGAAGAAGAAGAUGAAGAAAUGCAACAAGAAAAUGGCGUCAAUGAUGAUGACGACGAUGACAAUAAUAGCAAUGACGAUAAUGAUGACGACGACGACCACAACAGCAAUGAUGACAAUGAUGACGAUGAUGAUAAUGACAUACAGAUAUUGAUCGACCGAGAAAUCACUGAUGUUCGACUUAAUGAUCAAGAAGUUGAAGAACUUGUGAAUGACAAUUGGAAUCAAGAAAUUCGAACUCAUGCAAUCCAUUACAUUAGCAGAACAGGGCGACAAUUUCGAAUGAGCAGACGAACAAUUUACAGAGCAGUGAUGUAUGUGGACAGAUUUCUUGCCCAGAUGAGAUUAGAUAAUGGAAUGCUCUGGGCAGUGAGGUUAUUAGCAGUGACUUGUUUAGCAUUAUCUGCAAAAAUGAAUGAUAACAUAGAUGAUGUGCCAUCACUAUCAGAGUAUCCAUUAGGACCUUACGAAAUUAAUGUGAAUCACAUAACGCGAAUGGAGCGUUUGGUUCUUGAUGAAUUCAGCUGGAAUAUGAACUGUGUUACUCCUUUUGAUUUCGGAAAUUUUUUCGUAUCAAGAUUCUGCAGAGAUGUUACAAGAUUACACAUAACUCGAAUAACAACGGCUCGAAUCAUCAUGAUUGCUUUAAGAGAUUUGAGUUUAAUGAAUCAUAGACCAUCUGUAAUAGCAGCAGCUGCAACAUUAUUAGCAGUAAACAGAGAUUUCACCAUACAAGAAUUGGUUAUGGAGAUAAAUGAUUUGCCUAUAAAUGGAUUUCUUCAAAUUGCUGAUGUGAGUUACUGCUACAAGAGAAUGCUACAGCUGAACAUUUGAGGAGUUUAAUUGCGCCGACUUUUCACUUUUGAUGCUGUACCUGUUUUGGAUUCUUCAAAUAUACAUUACUUUUUUGGCGAAUCGAUACGCACCCAUUGACAUUUUUUGAAGAAUCUGAGUAACAUAGCCUAGCAGAAGAAAUAUUUUUGCUUCUUUUUGUUAGAUAAACAAAUAGGGGAUUCAUUGAUUGUUGAACUGAUUCAU